GUCCGUUCGUCGUCCGCCGCGCAAGGCCAUUCGCGACCGGAGCAUCCGUCCGAUUGUCGCGCUGCGUUUUGAAAAAUUCGUUUUGAUUUGAUUCAACAACCACGGUAAUUGCAUAUUGUUAAAUAUGGUGUGCCUGUACACGCGCCCGCGGACGGGACCGUGCCCGUGUGGGGACGCGCGAGAAGGGAAACGUGCUAUUGAAAUGAUUUUUCGGCGACGGCCGGUUUUUCAGACCGACGAUGUCGUGUGCGGCGCGGUCGCGCAAAAGGGUCGCCGUGGUCGGGGCCGGCGUGGUCGGCCUAAACGCGGCGCUGGAAAUCCAAAGGCGGCUGCCCGGUUGCGACGUGACCGUCAUCGCGGACAAGUUCAACGGCGAGACGCUCAGCGACGGGGCCGCCGGUCUGUUCAGGCCGGACACGUACAUUUUCGGCCCGGACGUCCAAACCUCGAGGUGAGCCACGGGCGGACGGAAAUCAAAAGCUUCAACGCCGAAAUCUAUAGAUCUAAUUAAACUAACAAUAAACUACAAUACUCUCCGUCUGCUCGAGGGAUUUUGAAUGUCGGCGUGCAUUUAAAAAUUUUAAACAAACACAGUCUGUUCGCCUCCAAAAAUAAAAACGACAAAAAAAAAAUAUUACACUUUAGAGCUACUUGUUUUUUGAAACUGUAAAAACAAAUUUACAAAAAAAAAAAAAAAACGAUUACUUUCCAAGAUAUCUUCGUGAAACACUUUAUAAUAUUAAUCACUGGUGUACCUUGAAAAUUUGCGCCAUUAGCGAAAUGUUUAACGGAUACAUUUCUAGUCAUAGUAUGUAGAGUAGUCUGAUGGGACGAGUGGGGGGUUGAAUGUUGGUUUUAAAUAUGAUUUCAUUUUUUAUUAAACGCGCAAUUUUACAAUUAUCUUACAAUAAUAAUAAUAAUUAAUAACUAACGUUUCUCAUAUGUGACAAUACUCAUUUUAUUAAUAUUAAUAUUUUUUUUUUUCAUGUGAUUAUUACUAGAACUUUGAACCGACAAUAUUAUAAUAAAUAUUUUUUUUCGAGUCGACGAUAAUAUUUAAAUUGUUUUCAUGGCGACUACUUAAUACUAAUAAUAUCAAUCAAUAUGUCAGUAGAUUCGUCCUUUAAAAAUAAUUUUAUUAGAGACUUUCUUAAAUUUUAAAAAAAUGUAAAAACUUAACGAUUCAUUAUUAUUAGUAAAUGAUUGUAACAUCAAAAUUUCGUUUCGAAAUAUAAAUAUAAAAUGAUUCUUAGGUUUUAUAAAAAUAUACAAAUUGAAACGUAAGAAAUCAUAAGGGAAGGCUCUAAAAAAUAUUACAAAAAAAAAAAAAAAAAAUUAAAAAAAAAAAAAAAAAAAACUUAAAAAUAUUGAACAGAACAAAAGGUAUUUCAGGUUUAAGAUUUUCGUGUUACGCCCUGUGUAUUAUGCUAGGAAUAAAAUCCGCGACAUUUGACGAUAAACAGUAAAUGAUACAAUACAAUACAAUAAAAAAAUACAAUUCAUAAUAUUGUUUUCACUGUAGUACGUACCAUCAGUGCUCGAUGUGAAAAAAAGUAAAAAAGUUCAACCCGACGAUUUAAAAACUACGUUCUAAGUGCACAAUCACUAAACACAGACCCGUGAAAAGCUUCGCCUCACACCCCCUCCCCUUAUCAGCAUUUUGAAUAUCACUUUUUAGCUACAAAACAUUAAAAUUUCAAAUAUAUUUUAAUAGCAAUACCUGCAUCCUACAAGUUGCAGUAGAAAAUAAAAAUAAUAAUAAUCAACAUGUUUAUUCAAUAUAUAACAUAAAUAACAAAAUUCAUAGCUAUUGAUUUUUUAUUCAAAAGAGACCACAUAUUUUGAUAAGUGUGUUGUUCAUAGUUUGGAUUUAUUUUUGGACAACAUUCUUCAUUAGCUGAUAUAUUGACAUUGCGUACCCGAUAUGUAACAUAACAGCUCGGUUCAAAUAAAUUUACAGGAGGACCAAUACGGUUAUUAUACAAUAACGAUGACCCGUUUUUUGUUGACAAUGCUUUUUUUUUAGGAGCGACCAUGUUAUUCAUAGAACUGAGUACACGUUCACACUCUGAUGACGAAAUAGGUUUUAAAUCGAGUAUUUUGGAACUAUUCUUAGCAUCAAUAAAUAAAUCGAAAAAUUCAAAAUCACCGGUAAAUGAUAACUACACCAUGUCGUGUAUUUAACGAUCGUUUGCCUUCGUUUUCUAUGUUUACACCAACGGUACCGAAUUCCUUAUCGGUUGUAUGAAUAUUGUAACCUGAUAAAAAUAUCUUCCCAUUUUUAUAUGAAUUUUUCAGAUUAUUAUUUUCAGAUAAAUUUAAGCGUACGAAAAUACACUGAGACCAUACAAUUACGUAAGUACAAAAAAAAAUAAAAACACGGAUAAUAAAUGAACAGUAAAAUAAUUAGGUAAUCCAGGAAGUUAUAUUUAAAUUGAGGAAAUAUAAAAUAACUGUACACAAAACAAACUAUUAAUGCCAAAUCAAGAACACAAUAUGAAAUAAAGUCAGAGUAAUAACAAUGGCAAAAACAAUAUAGUAGUAUUAAAUGUAUUGUCGAUCGAAUUUAAUUUUCAAUUGUACCUGAGGUAUUUGAAGUAUUUUUAAUUCAGUAUACGCGACUUGAUAAUCGAAUUCGAUAAAAUCGAUAAAAUACUUUGCUCAUAAUCGUUUUUUGUUAACAACAGUUUAUCUUUGCACACAAAUAUAGAUUAAAUCGGGUAUCUAAUCUUAAUUAUAUCCUCACUUCCGACCUCCUACCGAAUACCCAUAGUAAGUAAUAAGUAGUAUAGAUAUGUAUUUUUUUUUUUCCAAGUUAUUAUAACUCAAUGAAACUACAGAUACACUGAAACCACCCGAUUUCGUUGAUAGGCCUAGGUGAGCGUAUUCAUUUUAAUGUACAAAAAACGGAAACGCGAACAAAAAGUUUGAAGUCCAAAUUUUUAAAAUAAUUGUUAGUAUCUACGACAAUGAUUAUAAUAUAAUUUAUUCUAUUUUUUAGGAAGUGGGUGAAGGAUUCAUACAGUUUCUACAAAAAUCUAUUGGACAAAAAGGACGUGGACGGACCGUACGGUAUAAAUAGCGUUUCCGGUUAUGCGUUUACGUCCAAAGACCCAAGCUUCAUAAUGGUAACUAUAAUACUAUACACAUUGUAAUCAUUAUUUCGUGUCGUGGUAAAAUAAAAAAAAAAAAAUCUGAUACUAGGAAUGGCAGCCAGUGUGGUAGGUGAACAGUGGGGAAGAUCGGAUACAUAAGUUGUUUGAUUUAUACUUGUAACCAACGGUAAACAAAUGAAAGCGAAAAACGAUUCGGAGCGAAGUUCAGUUAUACAUGUUUUGAAAGGCCGUAAUAUUUACGUUUUUCGUUAAAAUUUGAUUAGUAUAAAGAAAAAAAAAACCAUAACAAUACACAAAAUGUAUUUGUUUUAUUUCUAUUAACGACCCGACUAAGUUUUGAAAAAAAAAAAUAUUUACGGAACUCAGAUUUAAACUUUCGGCCCUAGGAUUUAGAAUAGUAACAGUAAAUUCUACCACUAGACUACCAUAAGUCGUCGGACAAUAUUCGUGCAUAUGCUGCCUCGCAUUACUAUCAGCGUCACCUAGUGGUGUUUUCGUUUUUGAGACCAGUAGUCUACCGCAGUCCACUACGUAGCGUGCACUAUUUCGUUGCGUGAAAACUUCUCGCUAGUGUUCACUUUGAACACACGGCAUAGUAUAUAUACCAAAUUUCUUGAUAUUACCUUUGUACUUGCUACGGCAGUACAUAUACUAAAAUUGGAACGAUACAGAGAAGAUUAGCAUGGCCCCUGCGCAAGGAUGACACGCAAAAUCGUGAAGCGUUCCACAUUUUUUUUGCCAAUCAUUUAUUUCUUUAAACGUAUCAUAACUAUUAUUAUUAUUAUUAUUAUUAUUAUUUCGAAAGUUUCAUUUCUAAUAAAUUUUUGUAUUGACAUUUUUGAUUCCCGUCAAUCCAUUGACGAGAUAUUCAACUUUUAAGUUCGAGUUGCACACGUAGAAAUAUUUGAGUUAAUUUUGCGUACGUUAAGGUGUUCAAUGUACACAAAUUAAAUUACGAUUUUAUAGUUUAAAUAAUGGAAACGGAGAGUUGAAUUCAACAAUAUUGUUUAACAACAUCCGUGUUUUAAAUAACCAAACCAUUUCAAAUUAAAGUAAAUUAGUAAAUUAGAGUUUAAAAAAACAAGUAAAUUAUAUUUAAAUCGACUUUAGAUAAAUAUUCAGUUUUAGUCAUUUUGUUGUUAAUUUUACUUAAAUCGAGGAGUUCAGUACACAAAUCUUGAAUUGAGUUUUUUGUAGUUUAUAAUAAAUUAUAAAAGUGCUAAAGUAACAUUCGUAUAGCGAAUUCAAACAACCGGUUCUAUUGAUAAGAAAUUUGACAGUUGAUAUGAUUGUCAAAUCAACACCAUUUAGUGUUAUCUUUAGUGGACAUCUAAAUGUAAUGUAACUCUUGAGUUGAUAAUGGCAAUCUAAUUUUAGAUUUGACCACAGGAAAAUUAUUUUUCCCGAGUAUAACGUUUAUGAUCGGUUAUCGACAUUGACGUUGUUCGAUGAAUUUUGUAAUUUCGUUCAUUUUGAUGUCACAUCAUUCGUUCAUUUCUGCUCUUCGACGGAUGUUUUACAUACAAUUUCGUCACGUUUAAUAAAAAAAAAUUAUUCCCAACCGGGGAGUUAAAUCAUUUGCCUACCUUUUAGAUCUAAUGAAUGUAUACACGUAUAUGCAUAAGUGCAGGUACAUGUACACUUGCAUGUAAGAUACCACAAUCAAAAUUAAUACAGUUAAAAAACCGUUCAGUUACAAAGUAGGUAGUAGUCGAUAGGGAUUAGGCGUUAGGUAGGAAUCCGCAGCGAGUUCGAUCCUCACCGGGAGUGAUUAGAAAAUUUGCGGAACACCGUACCUUUUUAUUUACUUCGAUUUUUCUUAGUUAAAAUAAAUUUUAGUGUUGACAUUUUUCAUUUCCGUCGAUCCGUUGACGAGAUAUUCCAUUUUUAAGUUUGGGUUGGAGGAGAGUAGUGAAGUAUCAUUUGUGUGGUGGUACGGCGCGUGGCGCGUUAAUAAUGCACCACCACUCUCCUACAACCCAAAAUUAAAAGUGGAAUAUCUGGUCUACGGAUUGACGGAAAUCGAAAAUUUCAACACUGAAUUUAUUUUAUAUAAUACUCCAUCUAUUUAUGGAAUUUUUAAUACGGGUUGCCAUUUGAAAAUUAAAAGUAGCUGCCUAGCGGUUUUACCCCUAAAAAUAAGGGUGACAAAAAAUAACAUGAAUUUAAAACCGCAGGGCGGCUUGUUUCUUAAAUACUUUUCGAGGUAAUUAUUGUCUUAUGAAUUAUGAUAGAUUGAUCACCCCGUAUGGCGCAUAGUAUCGUCGUUCAAUCCAGAAUCUAAAAUUAUAUUACAAACAAUAUAUUAACAUACUUAUAAAUUAAAUUAAUGCCUAAUAGGGGGGAAAGAAAAGACCAAAGAAAAAUUGUGGCGAUAAUUAGGCAAUCCCUAUUAUUGUGUAAUCCUAGUUACGUGUCUGGUAAGAAAUUGGGAAGGUACAGGAGACAUAGUUAUUAAUUUUAUACCUAUACACUACGAUAAAUCUUCGCUAACGAAAAACAAUUUGGAGCCUAGUUCGGUAAGACAUAUUCGAAUGUCAUCAUUUUAACGAUUUUCGUCAAAAUUUGAUCUUCAAAAGAUUAGAAAAAUAAAAAAAAAACCAAAGAAAGAAACCAUUUAAUUCAAAUUUGAUUUUCAUACCGCUAAGUAAAACUUACAAUGUACCUUGUGUUACUUUUCAAGAAUUUCUCUUAAGUCAUAUGAUUUUGAUGACAGGUUAGAUUCGGUUAUACCAAAUAAAUAUGCUAUGGAAUUCGGUGUAUUCCCACCAUUGUCCAAAAUUAACAUUAAUAAUACUAUCAAUUAAAUAUUAAUCAAUUAUUUAAAUUAUUAGUGUAUUACCUAUAAUAUACUUACCCAAUAAUAUGAGUACUUAAUAAAAAUUAAUUUGAAUAGGUAUUAAUGAUUAUCAAUUAAAUUAUUAUUGUUAUUAUUAUUAUUAUUAUCAUUUAUCUGUUCGUUUAUUAUUUCGAGAGGGAAAUGAGAUGGGAUGAAACCGGUGUAAAUAGUUUGCACUAAAUGCAUGUAAUGGUGCAGACAAAUUAAACCGGUGUCAUCAAUUUUAACACCGGCAACUCCGAAAAAUUUAUCAAAUUCACGCCGGUUUGUACCGACGAAUUUAUUGCGUGUCUAUAACCUACUGGUCGUAUAUGGAUUACUGUAAUAUUCGUGCAGAUGUUACCGUGGCGUUAUCGCUGGCGCCAUCCGACGGCAUUUUCGUAUUUGAGACCAGUAGUCUACCGCUGUCCACUACGUAGCGUGCACUAUUUCGUUGCGUGAAAACUUCUCGCUAGUGUUCACUUUGAACACACGGCAUAGUAUAUAUACCAAAUUUCUUGAUAUUACCUUUGUACUUGCUACGGCAGUACAUAUACUAAAAUUGGAACGAUACAGAGAAGAUUAGCAUGGCCCCUGCGCAAGGAUGACACGCAAAAUCGUGAAGCGUUCCACAUUUUUUUUGCCAAUCAUUUUAUUUCUAUUAUUGUUAUUAUUGUUUCGUUUUUAUUUUGUACACGUUCAUACUCGUAUAGAAAAUCAACAUCAAAUUCUUGUAUUUCUAUUGUGCCGAUAUAUACGGAAGAAAUAUUUCACUAAUACAUUAGAUUUUGACCGGGGCGAGGAAUGUAUUGGUUUUACGGAGAUUUUUUGUUAUCUGCAGACAACUUAUCUACCAGCGAUUUUGCUUCGAUUUUUAAGUACAACACUUUUUCCGAAAUAAAACCUGACCGGGGUGGUAUCGUUUUUUUUUUUUUUUGAUUUUCCCAGGGAUUUUCCCAAGAAAUGGCAAAAACGUGGAAAAAACAUGGGAAUAAUGUAGGAAAAAAAGGAAAAUUUAUGAAAUGUGUAUGUGUUCAAUUUUUUGUUUGGUUUUGUUUUGAUUCGGUUAAAAAUAUUUGUAGGAAAUUGAAGUUUGGACAGAAAACUUAUAUUUUACUUUCCUAGACUCGAUAAAAUUCUCAAAACAUUGUAGCCAUUUUUGAGUAAUUUAUAGACAUUUUAAUUUUACGGGGUUUAUUUCCGUACUUUUUUUUUGGUAGGUACUCAGUAAAUAAAAUUGUUAAGUCUAAACAAAAACGCCAAAAUUGCCAUCAUUUUUGAAAAUUUUACCACUUCUGUAGUAAAUAUACGUUUUCUGUUAACAUUUCAAGUUUCAAUGAGAAUAUUUUUAACUGAAAAAAAAACACAUGAUAUUAAAACCAAAAAAUUCCUCGCUCCGAUCCAAAUCUAAAAAUUGAAAAUAAUAUAAUCACUAUUGCUAUAAACUUUACCAUUUUUAUUUUUACGUUUUUUCCCCGGUUUAUCGCUUUUAAAUCAUAUGGAAAAUCAAAAAACGGCUUUUAUACACACCAGCUAGAUACAAAACGGUCCUCCGGAAAAGAUUUAAUAUCGAAGCAAUAUUUCUAGUAGAAGUAGCAGAAGUCUUAUAUAGUAGUUAGUUAUAAGAAGAAUUCCUAUUUAUAAUCACAACAGUUUUUUUACAACUAUCGUAGAAUUUGCAUUUACUUUUACAGUGCUGGAUAAACAAAAUCAAUAAUUUUAUUUUGCACAAAUCACGGGUUGCAAAAUUCAGCAGUUUUUUUUUCUGUUUGUAUGAUUAUCGUUUUUUAAAUUUUUUUUUAGAACCAUUACAUGGAACACUGUGCGCCGAAUUACAGAGAUGCCACCGAAGAGGAGCUGAGCAUGCAUUCCGAAACUAAAUCCAAAAUUAUAAACGGGAUCUUUUGCACGUCAAUUGUCAUCGAAUGUAAACGGUUCUUACCGUGGGCUUUGAAAAUGUACGUUGAAUGUUGAUAGAUAUUAUUAUUAUAGUAGAAUCUAUUUUCUUUUUCUUAAGAUUUUGAGUAAGAAAGCCGUUUUUGGAUGUUACCAAUGGAUAAUUUCAAUACACUAAUCACUUUUAAAUUUUAACCGAAAUUUUUUUUUUCUUUUGUCACUAAUCAAACCUACUUACUGUGCAUAUUUUUGUAUAGAUUGUAGAUAUUUUGUCAGCCGUUGCAAAAAUAAUACUUGAAUACGUUUUUCCGAGUUGAAUCGGUUAAUUUAUUAUAGUAUUUUUUUUAGUCCGUAACGGUUUAAAAAUACUAUUUUAUUAAAUUUAAAUCGAAAAUAUUAUUUAUUCCUGAAGUUAUACUAGAUGUUACAAUAAUUACGGUGGCGUGCUCUCGUGGCAAUUGGUGUUCUUGUCUUUUUUAAUCCAAAAUCCGCGAGAUCGGGUUUGUCUAAUAAAUUAUUAAUAAUAUUAAAAAUUAACAACAAUAGUAAUAAUAUUGUAUUGUAUAACUUACUAUGGUUCUCGUAAACUAGCCAUUGUAUUUUCAGGUCUAAAAUUGUUUUAGGCGAAAAGUCUCCAGGAUCAUUUUUAUUAAUUUUUUAUGACUAGUAUUAUGAUUAAGAAGAUUUAUUUUUCGUGAACUUUUAAAAAACCUGAUGUUUUAAACCACCUUUUUUUUACUCUCUAAAAAAGCAAUAUUUUUGUAGUAUAACGAAAACCCAAUGCAAAAUUUAUUUAGAUUUUAGAAUGCAAUAAUAUUUAGGCACCUAUAAUAUUGAUCUUGUCUAAAAAAAGUAUUCGUCUUUAAAAGAAGGAUUUUCGCCCGAAGCUAUGUGGUUUGGAAAAAAAACGAAAUGUAAGACUUUCAUAAUUUACUACAGUUUGCCUUUAUCAGUAGGUAUACCUACCUAAAAAUAUACGAUGUGUUGAUAAAGUAGGAAACGUAACUGCAGUAAUAUAUAGAGCUACGUGUGGAUCAGAUGAAAUUUUAAAUGUGGAUGAAAAAUAGAUGUACUUACCCACCUUGUGUAGGUGUAAUAUUUGUUACAAUGUAUUUUACGAGUCUUUUUAUGAUUAAUACCCAUUUAAUAAUUUUGUGUUUACUUUAUUAUUUUAUUAUUGAAUAUUUGUUAUUUUAUAGGAUAACCGAUAACGGCGGUACUAUUGUAAAGCGAAAAAUCGAAUCCCUGGAGGAGUUGUGCAAAGACUACGAUAUCGUUUUCAACUGCACUGGCUACGCGGCCAAAAAAUUAUGUAAAGAUUACAACAUGACGCCGAUCCGAGGACAAGUCAUUCGGGUAAAUAAAUAGUUUCUUCGGUAGGUAAUUAUAUAAAAAAUUGCAAUUAAAUACUAUUAGGCUCCGGUAGUUUUCGGAGAUAAAAUGGACGAAACGAUUUGCAUUGAUGCGAAAAAAUAAAAAUCACAACUUACUGUGUUGCACAUCUUAUGUAACUAAAAAUACGAGUACGACGAGUCGAGGUGCGAUACAUUCUGGAACUACUCAACCGAUUUUGAUAAGAUAAUGCUCAAUGUGUAUGAUUUGGUUCAACUUUAGGGAUAAGAUAGUCUUCAUCAAAAUGAAUAACCUAGAAGGAGAUGAAAUGGGGGUUGAAAAGUUCUUAGGUAUUUUUGGUAUGAAAAUUAAAUUAUUUUUUUGAAUUAUGGAUUACUAUUGUUAGGUACACGGAGAUAAAAUUUAAAACAAAAAAAAAUUCCACGAAAACUUUAAAAAAUUGUAAUUGCAACUAUAAACACAGAUGGCUUUAUUCUGUCCAGCACCUUACAAUACACCUUGAAAACGGUCCUAGUGUAUAUUUCACUGAAGCAAAUGCCCUUCGAAGAGCACUUGUGCUAUCAAAAACAACACCCACUAAUUGGCUGACCGAGAAAUGUUGAAAAUUGUACACUGGUUUGUGCUUAGAUUCAGCUCUCGGAAACUCUACCAAUCGUUUUCAAAUUUUGACGUAACGUUCCAUUCUCAAUCCCAUGAAUUAUAUAGGGGUUUUUAGGUAUUUUUUAUACGGAUAUCUAAUUGUUUAUAUAAAUGUAUUUAUUUAUUUUCGUUAAUUCGUGGGUUGCCUUGGUGAUACGGAUGAUAAUUUGAUUGUCUCGGACUAGAAAACUACCUACCUGUCUACGUACAUCAUCACCGCUAAUUAUUAUAAUUUAAAAUGUAUAAACGUCGUUAUUGUAGGGAUAAAACUGUAUUAGUAUUUACACUAUUAUCUAGCAACAGCAAAGCGUUGCCGGGUCGGCUAGUAGUAGUAAUACUAAUAAUAGUGUGUAUUGAAUUUCCAACUACACAAAAUAACAAUAAAAUUGCAUAAGGUAUAAUCAAAGAGUCGGCCACCUCCAAGCCAACAGUGCGGAAACGAGAGUCCGAUUAUCGGGCUAAUUUAAAUUGAUAAGAUAUUUAGGACAAAAUUAAAUGACGUCGUAAUAUAACCGCAAACAAUAAAACAUAAUGCCGAUAACUAUGAAAAAAAUCAAAAGACAAUAUUACACGUAUUACCAAAAAUAGUAGCACAGUUCACUCGGAUCAUAAAAGUUCAAAUAAUACGCUGCAAUAGUCUCUAUUUUCGGAAAAAAUCCGACAAGAAUACUACCGACGGGCACGAAACAUUUGUGUGCGUCAUUAUUAUUCAAUAAUAGUAAUAAUAUAUGUACCUAUUGUAUAAUAUUAUAAACGACACGUGCCCAACGUGCUUUUCGUACGCUCGCAUGUUUUGUUUCUUCGUGUAUUUAUAAUUCAUAACCAAUUUGUAUACUAACAUUAUUGAAAUGGUAAAUAACGUGGCUAGAUUCAGUGGCGUGAUUACGGAGGAUAUAAGUCUUGGGAGGGAGGAUCAAUAUUUUGUGUUAAGAGCACAUACAGAAUUGUUUUUUUUUUUCAAAGUGAAUAUAACACUUUUACCAUAUUGGUAAAUACUAUAUUCAAACAUCGACACAUUCAAAUACAUUUCAACAGCCCCCCACCCAUUCAAAAAUUUCAAAUUUUUUUGCGCCAAUAUUUAGUAUGCAAUUACCAUGAAUUUCCAUGCAUAUCGCCGCAAUUUGUAUGCUUAUAGUUUAGACUUUACCAAAAAAAAUAACCAUAUGAGGGGCUGUAAAAACGUUUCUACAACCCCCUCCCUCCCCUCGGGCUUUAAAUUCAACUUUUCGGACUUUUUCCGACGCCAAUAUUUAGCACGCGAAGUACAAAUUACAUGCUAAAUAUCGGAGCAAAAAAAAAAAAUUUGAAAAUUUUUAAAUGGGAUCGGGGGAUGCUGGUGAAUAUGUACGUAACAUAUUCAUGUAAUAUAUAUGUUCAUUUUGGCUUUAGAACUGAUUCAAUUAUAACACCGUCUACAAGAUCUUAACAUUACGCGCUUUAACGAACUGCCAAAAUUUUCAAAUCUAAUCAAUAUGAUAAUUACUAAUAAUAGUUAAUUAGACUCUGCUAAUAGCUGUCGUCGUCGACCAUAUUGUUAUGAUCUAAAGUUGUAAUAAGAUAACCAAAGAGUAUAAUAAUACUCAUUAAAAUUCCGUUAUUCGUUGGUUUUCCUGUUUCAGAGUAUUUUUAUAGUACAAUAUAAUAUCUAUUACAUUUCAAUUUUCAAUAGUAUUGUUAAUCGGUUUUCUGUUGCGAGGUGAGAAGGGCUCUAAGACAAUGCAUUUACUGCAACAGUUCUAAUGUUUUCAUCAAAGUGGAUUAAUCUCCUGGGUUUGCACAAUAUUAUGAUUCGUGUAAAACAGAUGGCUGCAUCUGAGUUCCGUCCCAAAUGUAAAAUUCGAAUAUAUAAAGGAUAUACUAUACAGUUCCGUCCCGGGUAUUUGAAACGAAUUCACUAAUUCAUACUCAUGUAAUUUAUUUAGUUAUUCGAGUUCCGUUUUUAUAUAUUAUUUAGAAAUAAAGAUAAUACUAUUUAAAUUUUAAACUUUCUUGCGUUCAUUGUUCGUGCGUCUCCGUGUCGGGAUUUAUUAAUUUUUAUUGUACUGAUAUAGUAAUAUUGUAAUGUUUUAGUUAUGCUUCUUGUUAUUAGGGACGGAAUUGGUAUACAAUGUGAUUCGUUUAAGUUGAUUUAAGCACUCGUUAUCUCGGAAAGUAUUAACUUUUUCCGGAAUUUUUUUUGUAGAACGUUAAAAAAAACAAGCUGCUCCAUAAUUUUAUAUUUGUAUUAUUUUUUGUCACGCUUAUUUUUGGGGGUAAAACAACUACCUACUUUUGAUUUUUAAAUGGCAACCUAUAUUAAAAAGUCCAUAAAUAGAUUGAGUAUUAGUUAAAACAAAUUUUAUUGUUGACAUUUUUUUAUUUUCGUUUGACGAGAUAUUCCACUUUUAAGUUUGGGUAGGAGGAGAUUGGCGGAAUAUCAUUGGUGUGGCGGUACGGCGCGCGGCGUGUUGAUAAUGCACCACUACUAAUCUCCUCCAACCUAAAACUAAAAGCGGUAAAUCCCGUCAACGGCUCGACAGAAAUCAAAAAUGUCAACACUGAAAUCGGAAUCGGAACAAAAAAAAAAAAAGAAAAGGUUAUCGGAACGGAACUCGGAUGCAGCCAAACAGAUGGGUUAGGUUUGGUCGGAAACCGGGUCCACGCCGCCGGAAACGUAUUUCAUGACGAUCGAAUACGGGGCGGGUUACAGUGUAUUAUAAUAUCGUGUGGUGAUCGAAUUUUAUCGCGGUUUCAGGUGAAAGCGCCGUGGGUGGACAAAUUCUACUAUUACGACGGGGACACGUACAUAAUACCGUCGAAGGAGGACGGGACGGUGGUGCUGGGCGGUUGCCGGCAUUUCGGCAGCAACAAUGAAACCGCCAACGACCGGAACACGGAAGAGAUACUGGAAAACUGUGUCCGUCUGGUGCCCUCGCUGAGGGAAGCUCUGAAAACCGAUUACAGCGUUUGGGUGGGCCUCAGGCCGUACCGGAACCAGAUACGAAUAGAAAUCGAAACGAUUAACGGCACUGCGGUGAGCGAUCGUUUCGCGCGUCGUUACCGGCGCCGGUUUCAUAAUGCGAUGCUGUAAUAUCGUAACAUUAAAAUAAUAUUAUUUACGUGCUAUUUCGGAACCGACGUUAUUACAAUAAUAUAUGUUAUUAUAUUUGUCGGUCUUCAGAUCGGAUAAUUUUCCCUCGGUUACAACACGACUUCGGCCGGUUAUUUUUCCCCGAUUACGAGUGUAUUACGACGCGAAACGCCUAAAAACACACCUAGUAUUAUGACAACGUUUUCCGUUAGACAAACGGCUUGUACUCGUGAUAAUAUCGACGACGAAAACACCGUUCUGCGAUAACUGUACAGCCCGGGUUUCAAUGACAAGUGCAUUUUUUUUUUUUUUUCUAAUAUGUCUGGGUAAUAACGAAUUUUUCGCGGUUCAUCCACAUUAUGUUUUUCUCCCGUAUAAUUUUUCCGGGCCCUAUAAAUACAUCUCAACACACACCCGAGCCCCCGUCUUUCCGCGCUGUCUAUAUUAAUUUAUCUUAUCGGUACGAUCAUCCGUCAAGAAAAUCUAUAUUAGGAGAUUGUUUUUUGAUUUUCCUUAUUGUUCUCUUAAUAAUUGAGAAAAACGUAUUGUAAAACGGUAAAAAAUGCCAUUAUUUUAGAUUUGGUUUUUAUUGUUAUUCGGUUAAAAAUAAUCGUAGACCUGACGUACUUUCAAAAUACUUUUAUUCACAAGAUGUGAUACAAAUUUCGAAACAGACUGGGUGUUUUCGAGCUAUUCAAUGGAAACAUAAUUUGAUCUUUUGGAGUUUUUUUUUUUUGAUUUUUAUGUGAUUCUAUGUGAAUAAAAUUCAUUUUCUAAGCAGAAAUGUUGAGAAUUUAUUUUAUAUUUAUUUAUUUUAAUUGAUAUCAAAAUAAUUACCUGACCCUCACUGAAUGGAAACUCGCGUGAAGGCUCAAUAUGCGUCGUUUAAAGGUCAGAUUUUAAUGGAAAUCAUAAAAAAUCAUAGCAUUUUAAAACAUGUUAAACCGAUCUUCGGGUAGAAUCGUUAGCGAUGACUUAUCGUUGCGUACAGAUAUAAAUUCUUUAUGUAUGCUAUCUUCUCAGUCAAUAUCUCCCUCACACACAACAGACAGAUAGCGGCACACCCAUCAGAAAUAUCGGCUAAUUAUGUAUUUUUUUUUUAUUCAAUUUUUUUCUUCCCAUCCCAUUACCUAAAUUACUAUGGUAUACAAAUAUUUGAUCGACUGAAUUCUUAUUUGUUUGUAUUUAGAUCGUGCACAAUUACGGUCACGGGGGAUAUGGAGUAACAUUGGCACCGGGAACUUCGAAACACGCAGUCGACCUGUUGAUUUCGUACUUGCAAACGGAAGCGGCUUCGACCAGUGAAUAAUGUUAUUAAAUUAUUUAUCGAAGUACUAUUCAAAUGUAUUCUGUAUAGAAUAUAAUAUUAUUCGAUUUCGAUUGUUAACGCUGGUUCGACAUUAUAACUAAUUUAUCACUAGAAUUAAUUAAUUUUCAAUGUAAAGUCUACGCUUAAAAUUAUGCAAGGACAAUAUUGAAACUUCAGAGCACUCAUUGAAAUUUUAUAUUAAAAAAUUGUAUUCUUGAUUUGUUUGUAUUGUUUUUAUAACAGGGGUAUUUUUUACCAUUACAAAAGUAAGUGCACGUGACUACUGCCGUAAUAAAAAAAAAACUACGAAGAAAGUUUUGCACAAUUGUAAACCGCGAUAUUAAGAACAUUUCAGAACAAUAUUAUAUAAAAAUAAUAAAAUAAAUUAUAUCACAGUGCGUAAUUAUAUUUUAAAACAAAAUUUUUUUCGAGAAGUGUGAAUCGAAAUAAAAAGAAUAUACUAUAAUAGAAAUACAAUCAUAA